CAAAACCAAAAGGAGAAACUUAUCAGUUUAACACCCAAAUCCUGAAUAACCAUAUCAAGAGCUUCAGAAACCCAGAAUUAGUAAUCAUCCAAUCCAUGGAACAACACUCCAAAAACACCUUUACAUUUUGUAAUUAUUAUUUCCACAAAACAACAAUAAUACUUCUUUUAGUUUCCAUUAUAACGCUAACGCUAACGCUAACACAAACCCAACUCUUCUCUCCAAUGAGCACAAUGACCCACGCUCUCAUCAUCCAUCUUCCUCUGCAGCACUCCACUCUAUCAUCACCAUCCACCACCCUCCUCCCGCACGUGCGACCUCCCCUGGCCCACACGUGGGCACGCUCCCCGCCAAAAAUAUUCCCCUAUAAAUACCGGUCCCUGUCUCAGUCUCAGUCGACCGGACCCAGAUCAAACACUGACACCCAAAUGGCCGAGGAAGCUGUAGACGCCCAGAAGCUUCGUUCCGAGUUUUACAGAGUCUUGAAUAGCAGGCGAUGUGGCGAAGUUCCGUUAACGGUGGAGCCGGCGAAACCGGUGACCAAUCCUUUGUUUCAGGAGGCUAACCCUCCAAGCUUCAGCGAGGCAAUGAACGCUUGCCCCAAGGCUAACAUUACCAACUUUAAGGAGAAGCUACAAGAGGAAAAUCUUUACCUAAUUACUGAGGCAGGAGAGCAGGGGAGGUUACCUGUGUUGAUUUUGAGCAUGAAGGAAGAAAAAAGUACCCAGAAAAAGCCUGCUGUUGUUUUUCUGCAUAGUACUAACAAGAACAAAGAGUGGUUGAGACCAUUGCUUGAGGCCUAUGCUUCAAGGGGAUAUGUAGCGAUUGCGAUUGAUUCUCGCUACCAUGGUGAACGUGCCACUAAUAUAACCACUUACCGAGAUGCUCUCAUAUCAGCAUGGAAAAGAGGAAAUACAAUGCCAUUCUUAUUUGAUACGGUCUGGGACUUGAUAAAAUUGGCAGAUUAUCUAACACAGAGGGAGGAUGUAGAUCCUGCUAGGCUAGGAAUCACUGGUGAAUCACUGGGAGGUAUGCAUGCAUGGUUGGCUGCUGCUGCUGACACCCGCUAUGCAGUGGUUGUCCCUAUAAUUGGUGUUCAGGGGUUUCGAUGGGCGAUAGACAAUGAUAAGUGGCAGGCUCGAGUGGACAGUAUAAAACCUGUUUUCGAAGAAGCACGAAUUGAUCUAAACAAGAGUGCGAUUGACAAAGAAGUAGUGGAGAAGGUGUGGGAUAGGAUUGCUCCAGGUCUGGCCUCUCAGUUUGAUUCUCCUUAUACAGUGCCAGCUAUUGCACCGCGUCCUCUAUUGAUUUUAAAUGGUGCAGAAGAUCCUCGAUGUCCACUCGCUGGUCUGGAUGUUCCCAAAGCGAGAGCACUCAAGGCUUAUGAAGAUGCACAGCGUGUAGAUAAAUUUAAGUUAAUAGCAGAGCCCGGCAUCGGCCACCAAAUGACCGCUCUUAUGGUAAAAGAGGCAAGCCACUGGUUUGAUAAAUUUCUCCAGUGAGGCUAUUCGGUGAAAGUUGUUAUCUUUGUUUUUCAUCAAGUAAAAUAUACUUUUCCAUUGUAUUAUGUGUCUGUCAUAAUGUCUUUUCUUGGUGCUUGUAAGAAUAACCCUGCAAGAGGUGUGUUUAUGUGGUCUGUGAUGUUCUGGUAAUGCUUGGUGAAGUAUGUAAAGCAACAAAAUAAUGUGUAAAAAGACACUGAAAUCUUUGUUCAGUUAAAUUAGAUAAACUAUCUCUUUUGUUCA